CCGGAGCGGCGUUGCUCGACCCUGCACUGUGCGCUGAUAUUUCCCCCACCCUUGACAAGCUAGUCGUCCAUUUCAGUCUUAUUCAACCCGUGUGAGUUGCGUGUCUCUGGCCACUCUGAGCUCUCCCUGAUGGGCGGCUGGUCCCGCAGUGCUGUGCUGCAGCUGUACCGAGCUCUGCUCCGUGCAGGCCAACAUCUACAGUACACUGACCGUGACUACUACCGGCGUGCAGUGGCCCGAGAGUUCAGGCGCUGUCAGACCCUCAGCGCCCCGGCAGAGAGGGAAGACGCGCUAAAAAGAGGCCAGUUCUUCCUCAACAGCGGCCUGGGAGGGUUGGUGUAG